AUAUAAAAUAUAAAGUAUAUAUUAAUAUACCAAAUUAAUAUUACGAAAAUGAAAAAAAAUAAUAAUAUACCAAUCAACCUCUACUGUCUGGACGAUAGUGAAAAGCAUCCGUUGACAAAAACAAUACUGUGAGGCUGCUUUAACAUUAAUUACAAGAAAAUCAUGAGAAAAAAACAAGGGAUAUUAAUUUAAUCAGUUGGUGGAAUUAUAUAAGUGAUCGAUUUUUGUUUUCCAAAAAGAAGAAAGAGAUAAGAAUAAUGGCGGAUCAGGAGCAGCAAGUACAGCCUUCUCACGUGGUUAUGCUCCCCUACAUAGCGCAAGGCCAUAUAAAGCCCUUGUUAUGCUUAGCUCAGCUUCUCAGCCAAUCUGGUCUUUAUAUAACCUUCCUCAAUACCCACCAUAACCACAAACGCUUUGCAAACCUCCAAGCUCUCUCCAAAAACUUCCCUAAUCUCCACUUUGACUCUAUCUCCGAUGGCCUGCCGGACGAUCACCCUCGUCCUUCCUUUGAUCUCGACUACUUCCUCGGGAUCAACGUGGCUACUAAACCACAUUUCAAAGACCUACUCCUCUCAUAUCGGAGCAACUCCUCCCAUCAUUCUGUUUGCCGGCCUCCUCCUCCGGUAACCUGUAUCAUAGCUGACGGAGUUCUGUCUUUUCCGGUUGAGGUCGCAGAGGAAUUGGAGAUUCCUAUAUUCUCAUUCUGUUCUCAUACUGCUCGUUACCUCUGGGAGUAUUAUACUAUAGCGAAGCUCAUUGGAAAAGAAAACAACGAGGAAGAAGAAAUCAACCCAAUGCCAGGAUUCGAUCUAGGAUGUGAAGAUUUACCGGGUUUUGACAUGGAAAUUCUAGACCAGUCACCUUCACUACAGGUCUUGAUCGAUGGCAGCCUCGCAAUGCAACGAACUUCAGGUCUUAUAAUCAACACCAUCGAUGAUCUGGAAGCUUCAAGCCUCCCCCAUAUAGUCCCUCGUUUUCGCAAAGUCUACACGGUCGCACCUCUUCAUGCUCUCUUAAAUUCUAGACUUGGGGAUCGAUCCCAUGUCAUCGCAUCGGACGGUUCUCUUUGGAAUGCUGACCAAGACUGCAUGACGUGGCUAGAUUCACAGCCUUUGAGAUCGGUUCUCUACGUAAGCUUUGGGAGCUUGGUCAAACUCUCGCAUUCCCAACUAGUUGAAUUUUUACAUGGACUGGUCCUAAGUGGGUACCCAUUCCUGUGGGUCAUACGUCAAGAUGUUUUGUUUGAUGAUGAUACGGAUGGUGUGAUCGAGAAAGAGUAUCAAGUGGGACCAAAAGAAAAGGGAUACAUUGUAGAUUGGGCUCCACAAGAACAGGUAUUGACCCACCAUGCUGUUGGUGGGUUUUUGACUCAUUGUGGUUGGAACUCAAUUUUGGAGAGUAUUAUGGCUAGAGUACCUUUGAUCUGUUGGCCUAAUUGGGGAGAUCAGUGUAUUAAUAGUGCAUGCGUUGUGAAAUUGUGGAGAAUUGGGGUUCAAUUGGAUGCUAUAGAUGGGUCUUCUAUACAAUCAACGAUAAACACAUUGAUGGGAAAUAGAAGAGAUGAGUUUCAGAGGUCUGUGGAUAGGAUUGCAAAAUUGGCUGAAGAUGGUAUCAGUGAAGGUGGAGCUUCCCACAAGAACAUUGAAACUUUAGUCAAUGACAUUAAGAAAAUAAAAAUAUAGAUUUAGUUUAUUUAAUUAAACUAUGCUUUGGUUUCUGGUCCCAAUUUAUCUUUCUUGUCAAAACAGUUAUUGAUAAGUUUAUUUGAAACGAAUAUGAAUAAUGGUAUUUGAAUUGU